AUGGUAACAAUAACAGGAUUUAUUCCACAUCCUUCUGUCCGCCUCGGUGGUCAAGCUGAAGAUAGUGUUACACACACCGAAAUAACACAGCAAGCAUUUAUCCGCAGUCUUGAACGUUACUUUAUCGAUACACAUUCCAUUCGAAGUCAAGACGUUAAUGAAAAACAGGAAUAUACUAUUGAUGGACUCUAUCGACUGGCCUACCCUCAUUGGACUACACAACAAUUGCGACAGCGAUCCUAUCCAUUAAAAUCUAUUCUUGAUACGAUUCUAGCAGAGAAUGGCUUGGUUGAUUUUGAUGCUUGGACGAAAAAAUUACCGGCAGCUCAUUUCGAUAGUGAAGCAUUUAGUAAUGGAAGUCGACGCAUUCUUCAAUUACGACGACGAAUCAUUAAUGAUGCACGUGCAAAAAAGAAAAAUUUGACUGAAGCUCGCAAAUAUCUCGGACAACUGUUGCACACCUUACAGGACUUUUAUUCACAUUCAAACUGGGUUGAGUUGGGCAAAACAGACAUUAACAAUCGACUAGGCAUUGAUGAAAAUAUCGGACCAGUCGCUGCACCCAAUCAAGCGACUUGUAUUAGUAGUGGUUGUUCAAAAAUUCGAGUACGAUGUAGUUUCUAUCAAAAAAUCACAUUGAAUAGGUGUCCAUUGGAAUACUACGAAUGUAAAAAUAAUAUUCGACCAGAAAUUAUUGCUCAAGGUCUACUAACGAGUGGUUAUUCCAGCAAUCAACAUAAUGAAAACAAUGAUCCCGUCAGUAAACCGAUCAAUGUCGAAAAAUGUUCACAUGGUUCAGUAAUGGAUAUUACCUCACAUCAGCCAGCCACUGGUGGAAUCAAUAAAGAUACGACCAUUCCAAUUUAUUCACCUCGUUUCGAUCUUCAGUGA